GUGUCUUCUGUCACGUGAUCGCCAAAGGGGUGGGCACGCGCCGCGCGUUUUGCCCUACGACACAGGAAAAUCUGUGUGCGGGGACGCCAUUUCGCGCACAAGGAGACGCGUUUUGCUUCCCAGACGCCAUUCCCUAUCCCAGCGAUAUUGCGACUCCGUCGGGCCACCGAACUCAGCCUUCUCCUCAACUUACGGACUUUGCCCAUUGUUGAUUCCAGGACCUUCUCCGCACUAGACCAUUUUCCCUACCCAGUGUCCGAUUUGACCUCUUGACCUCUGGCUCAAAGGUCAGCUUCAAGCUUCUGAACUCGGGUUUGGGAUGUGAAGGGGAGACAGAGUCUUAAUUCCUCCAUUCUCUAGCCCCAGGUUCUAGGUCUCACCAUGCAGGCGCCCCAUAUCUCAAGAUUGACCCAGGAAUUCCCUAAAUCCAGUCCCAGAGAAUAAAAUAAUGCAUGCACAUUUUCCCUUAAUAAGUCUCGAAAUGCAGCCCAACCCACCUCAGUUCCAUGCCAUAAAUCUGUUUCUGGAUUUAUGAACCCCACUCUGUUGACCCUGAGAUACCUCAGGGUUUGAGUCAACCCUGGUUCUUCCUCCCAUGGUUCCAGGUUUUAGCGCUGGUCUUCUCUGACCUGCUGCUCAGCUCCCAGACUCUAGAACUCAGUUCUAAAACCUUUCAAAUCUAGGAUCCUUUUGGAGGAUCCUCCUUUCCCAUUCUCCACCCCUCAGCCCAUCUUAUAGACCCCAAAAUGACUUCUCCAUGCUCGUCUUCCCUAGAACCCUCAAUCCCACUUCGAAGAUCUCCUGAACCUCAAGCCUCCAUCGUCCCAACUCCUCCCCUACCCCCCAGUCCCUUGAACUUGGCCUUUCUACCCCAACCUUGUAGUCUCCAGUCCCAUAUUCCCCCACCACCCCCACUGCCUCCUCCACCUCCUGCCUCUAGGGGUGCUCCCCCUCACGUCUACGGCCUGGAGAAGAGCCAGCUCCUGAAGGAGGCCUUGGAGAAGGCAGGCCCAGUCCCCACCGGCAGAGAAGAUGUAAAGAGGCUCCUGAGGCUGCACAAGGACCGGUUCCGGAGUGACUUGCAGUGGAUCCUCUUCUGUGGUGACCUGCCCUCCCUCAUCCAAGAAGGCCCUCAAUGUGGGUUGGUGGCCUUGUGGAUGGCAGGCACUCUCCUAUCACCCACCAGCGGCAUCCCCCUGGAGAGACUGGUGCAGGUAGCCAAGGAGAGAGGCUACACUGCCCAGGGAGAGAUGUUUUCUGUGGCUGAUAUGGGCAGGCUGGCCCAGGAGACAUUGAGCUGUCAAACCGAGCUGCUCUGUGGCGGCCUGGGUGGUCCCAACAGAGACCUUGUCCUGCAGCACCUUAUCACUGGAUAUCCCCUGCUUAUCCCCUACGAUGAGGACUUCAACCACGAACCGUGUCAGAAGAAGGGCCACAAGGCCCACUGGGCAGUGUGUGCAGGGGUACUGCUGGGUGUGCAGAGUGUGCCAAGCCUCGGCUACACUGAGGACCCUGAGCUGCCUGGCCUUUUCCAUCCCGAGCCUGGCGUGCCCUGCCGGCCACCAUCCAUGCCAGAAGAAGGCUUCCCGGGAGCUGUCUUCCUUCUCUCCAAGCAGGGCAAGAGUUGGCACUACCAGCUGUGGGACUAUGACCAAGUCCGGGAUAGCAACCUGCAGCUGACAGACUUCUCACCCUCAAGGGCAACUGAUGGACUGGUAUCCUGUGUCCUGCACAGCCCACCUGAGUGUGCCAUCCACCUCCUUCUCUCCAAGGACUACAUUUUCUAAGCCACCAUGACCUUGCUGGACAUCUGCAGGAGCCUCCUUCCUGGACCCUUCUGCCCCACUUCUGCUCACAGAACAGAAACUAAAUGCUUCCCACUCAGCUCCCCUCUGCUUGUCCUAGGCUGUUCCUCAUGCUCUGCCUACUGGCCUUACUGGUCUUUCAAGUCCCUAGAGUGUUAGGUACCACUUCCUCAGGGGAGAGUCCCAGGACCUAGGCUAGGUGCCUACCAUGUCUUCUGGGUAUUUCAAGUCCCAUCUGAGAGCACGUAGGUCUGCCAACCCCCUUACCCGUGUUAAUUCACAAGUUCUCCAGCCCUGUAAGGGAAGUACUUAGAUUCCCUGUCUUAGUCCAUUUUACACAAAAUACUUGAAACCUUUGCAAAGAAUAGGGUUUAUUUGGCACUCUAGAGUGCUGGGAAGUCCAAGAGUGUGGCUGGCACCUGGUAAGAGCCUUCUUGCUCCUUUUUUUUUUUUUUUUUUUUUGGUACCAAGGAUCAAACCCAGGGGCAUUUAACCACCAAGCCACAUCCCAGCCUUUUUUGUUCUUUAUUUUGAGACAAGGUCUCACUAAGUUGCUUAGGGUCUUGCUAAGUAGCUGGGGCUGGCUUUGAACUUACGAUCCUUCUGCCUCAACCUUCCAGGUCUCUGGGAUUACAGGCGUGCACCACCACAACAGGCUCCUUGCUCUUUCUUAACAAGGUGGAGGGCAUCCUACAGCAAGACAGAGCAAGCUCAGCUCAGGUUUCUCUUCCUCUUAAAAAGCUGCUGCUGCUCUCAGGGGGGCCUCAAGAUCUCAUCUAAUUCCAAUUAUCUCUUAAAGGACCCACCUGCAGAUGCCAUUAACAGGAAUUUGGGGAUGAGGUUUCUCACACAUGAACUUAGGAGGAAUAUAUUCAAAUCAUAGCAAAUCUUCCUCCCCAGUUUGACAAAUACCCUGAGGCCUGAAGAAGUGGAGUCACUAACCCCAAAACUCACAUGGCUGGCAAGUGGCAGAAUCAAGAUUCAAAACAGGUAGUGUCUAGCCACCAGUUAAGCUGCCUCAAAGCUCUCUGAACCUCAUGGUGGUGCUGACCACAAACUGGUCUUUCCAUCUACUGGUACAAACAUACAUGAGUGAGUGAGAGCUGUGAUUUUGGGGGGCGGGGGGGCACUGCACCACUCAUUUACCUCCCCAGCCCUUUUUUUUUUUUAAGUUGUAGUUGGACACGAUACCUUUAUUUUAUUAAUAUUUUUUAUGUGGUGCUGAGGAUCGAACCCAGGACCUUGAACGUGCUAGGUGAGCACUCUACCUCUGAGCCACAAUCCCAGCCCAAUCCCCAACUCUUUUUAUUUUUUGUUUUGAGACAGGGUCUUGUUGAGUUGCUAGACUGGCAAUUCUGCCUCCACCUCCUGAGUCACUGGGAUUACAGGUGUGCACUACCUAGUGUUAUGAUUCUUAGGUUAAUGAAAACCUAUUAUCUCUACUCUGAAAGGGAAGAACUGCAGUGUCCCUGCAGCACCCAGCAAAGUCACUUAGGGAAACUACAGUGCAGUGUUUCCAACCAGUGAAUGGGAUAAAGAAGAGGUGCAUUCCCAUCCCAGCCUGAUAUUUUGGUUGGCACUGUCCCUCUAGUGGCCUGUCCUGGGAGCCCCUGAGAGCAGAGCUGGGAGCUGUCUUCAUCACCACUGUGUCCCCUGUAUUGUCCAGCAUAGAGCCAGGCAUAAGAACAGCACUGAGUGGAUGAACCAGCUGACCCAGAGCCUGCCUCUGUCCCAAAGUGUUCCUUACCCCACCCAGCACUAUGCUCCACUCCCAGAUACAAAGAAGAAUACCACAGCG